AUGUGCAUCCCCAACAAGAUCCACUACUGCUGCGGGCACGAAAUGACCGCCUACUCCGCAAACUCCAGCGAGUGCAACUACAAGAUCCACACCGAAGCGGUCGACGAAACGACGCACCGCUGGCCCGACAACAUCUGCCCGGAGUGCUCCGAGCGGCCCUUCUCCGUCAUCGGCGAGAAGCCCGAGAUUGUGGAGUGGCUGCAGGGCGUGGUGAAGCACGAGGUGUACAAGAGGCAGCGGGAGGAUCAGCAGGAGUCCGGGGUGGAGCGGAGGGGCAGGGGAACGAUGACGACGACGACGACGACGACGAGUAAUACGGUGGCGACGGCGGCGGCGGCGGCGAUGCCGAGGCAGGCGCGCAGGAAUAGGAGCCCGUCGAAGGAGCGGAAGAAGAAGUAUGAGAGGGGGAAUGUGUUUGAGCGGGCGGGCGGUUGA